AACAGAGACUGGGAAUGGUUGGGUCAUUACACUAAUUGAAUCUAUUUCCCCCAUGUUAAAAUAUCCUCACACCGUCUAUGGGUCAUCUCGAUUAUCACUUCAAAGGUUUUUUUCUCCUGCUGAUGACAGCUCAUCUCAAGUGAUUGGCCUCUUACCGUUGGUCUGGCUACUCCCACCUUUCCAAGUUCUCCGUAUGUAUAAAUAUCUUCUGUCUGUGUGUUCCACUCUAUGCAUCUGAAGAAGUGGGUUGUAGCCCACGAAAGCUUAUGCUCAAAUAAAUGUGUUUAGUCUCUAAGGUGCCACAAGUACUCCUGUUCUUUUAGCUGAGCUUGGGUUUGCACCUGAGCCUGUGAGUGGAGUCAGAGAAGCCUGGGCUUCCCUAUCUUUCUGCACCAAAUCCAUCUCAGACCCCGGGCGGAGGGGUAUGCCCUGGGGAAGGAGAUUUUUGAGGGGAUGAGACACUGUUGGUCUCUGACCCGGUCUGGCCAUCAUCAGAACCUGCCUACAGCACAUCUGUGAUUGGUGCAUCCAACCCUCAGAAUGUGGGGAAGGGGAGUGGGAUUUGCUGAUUUGCUCUGGGCUCAUUUCAGAACAUGCGUGAGCUCUGGAGGGAAAGCGCUGUCUCUCCAUGUAUGUUUGUUCAGUGCCCGUCACCUGGGUGCCGCUACAGAAUAUAAACCCUAUUUCUAAAGGCCUCCUGCAGCCCCAUGCCCCUCCCAGCAGCCCCUGUUUAUUGCAGAUCGCCUCAGCAUGGUGCUUGACAAACAAACGAGCAAAGACAGAGUCCCUAGCCCCCAUGGGCCCAGUCUUCUUCCCGCUGGGUUGUACCACCAGUGAGGAGUUCAUUCCAAGAGGGCUUGUCGCACAGUAGGGUGCCACACACCCAGUGGGGGAACUCCCUGCUAUGUUGAGAGGCUGGAAUAGGGAACAGCUAUGGGGACCCAGCACCAGAGCCGUCAAACACUGAAUGAAGGAGUCAGCAGAGCAGGUGUGAGAGACAAAUCCAGACUGAUCAGCCCAAACAACAGCUCUUGGGAUGUAACCAAGUAAAUCACCAUGCAGGGGAAUCGUGCGAAGCAAGACAGAGGGAAGCCCAAAGUGGGGACGUCUGGGACACGGCAGCAGAGAAGUGGACUGUAGCCAGGGAGGGAUUGGGUUACAGCAUCUGGCAAGAAGCCCCUAGCAGACCAUCUCUCGUCUGCAACGUCUCUGCUUUGUUGUCCAGAGCAUUUUGCUUUCCCUGUUGUUUGGAGUCUAUGCUUGUGUUUUCUAAAACAACUCCAAAGCCCCAAGGACCAUGGAGCUGGGAGCAGCCUCUGUAACCCGCCUCCCGAAGAGCUGGCCAGGAAGUGAGUGCUGUGUGGAGACCUAAAGCGCUGCUUAAGAAGCGGAGCCUGUGAAUGGUCUGGAGACGGAGAAGAAGCCUUUUAUGGUUGAUAGCAAACCUCAGGCGUCUUCCCACCACAUCUCCCUCCUCUAGCCCUGCACCUCCCCACAAACAGACCCAGCUCUCCUGGAAUAACACGCCCAGCAGCAAACUGACUGCAGCAGGCGCCCCCAUUCUGUGAGGCUUCAGGAGCCAGCUCUGCAGCGGCAGCAACAUGAACCUGAGAACUGUCCUCAUCCUCCUGGUCCUGGCGCUAGCCACGAUCUUCGCUUUGGUUUGUGUGUUGCUGACGAGAGGAGUGAAACCAGCCAGCUGUGAGCCGCAGCCCCUGAGCAGCCAGGGGGGAAAGCACAGUGAUCAGAGCCUGGUCUUCGCUGAUCUGACGCCGGAAGAAAUGGGGCAAGUGGUGAGGUAUCUUCAGGAAAACCUUGGGGUGCCAUUGGUAGAUGCCUCUCAAGCAAACCCUUCCGAUAACUGCAUUUAUUACAUUGAUGUGCAGAUCCCCACCAAGGCAGAGGUGCUGGGGUUCUUGGAUCGUGGGGGCAGGCGACCCCCCCGGCAGGCCCUGGCUGUGGUGUAUUUUGGAAACCAACCAGAUCCGAAUGUCACGGAGUACGUGGUGGGUCCCCUGCCCAAGCCGACGACUCACAGGGAUGUCACGGUGCGGAAGUACGGAGGGAAGCUGCCGUAUCACCGCAGACCGGUGACUGAGAAGGAAUACAAGGAUAUUGACCGCUUUGUCUACCAGGAGUUCGCCAAAGCACCCAGCUUGCUCAGAGAGUGCUGUGAUUAUGAUGAGACCAAUUUUGCUACCCUCACCACAGUUCCUCGGGGGUUCCAGUCAGGAGAUCGUGCCACCUGGUUUGUUCUGUUCCAGAACGUGCAUGGCAGCGGCUACUAUCUGCACCCAGUGGGGCUGGAGGUGCUGGUUAAUCACAGCAGCCUGAACGUCUCCCAGUGGAGGAUAAGCCAAGUGUUCUAUAAUGGCCAGUACUAUGGAGACAUGGAGCAGCUGGAGACCGAGUUCAUACAAGGCCGCGUGAAAGAUGUAAAAGUUAAGAAAGUCCGACCUGACGAGGAAUUUGGCUCCAUGAGGCCCAGAGCAGCCCACGUGGCACCAGGCCCUUUGCAAUAUGAGCCCUGUGAGCCCCGCUACAGCAUCCAAAACAAUCACGUCAUCUUCCAGUCCUGGAGUUUCGCCUUUGGGAUGGAUGUGAACACAGGACCACGUCUCUUUGACAUCAAGUUCAAUGGAGAGAGGAUUGUCUAUGAGCUGAGUCUCCAAGAAGCCCUUGCUGUCUACGGCUCUAAUUGUCCCGGCGGGAUGGUGACUAGAUAUAUGGAUGGGAGCUUUGGCAUCGGCAAGUUUGCUUUUGAGCUGGUCAGAGGUGUUGAUUGCCCCUACACAGCCACCUAUGUGGAUAGACACUAUCUAGCUGAAUCAGAGACCCCUAAAGUUAAUAAAAACUCCUUAUGUAUUUUCGAGCAGGACACUUCAGUCCCACUGAGGCGCCAUUACUCCAACUUGCAGUCCCUGUACUAUGGUGGUCUGACUAAAUAUGCCCUUGUUCUUAGGGCCAUUUCAACUCUCAUAAACUAUGACUACGUCUGGGACUUCAUCUUCUACCAGAACGGAGCUAUUGAAGUAAAAAUCCACGCCACUGGCUAUAUUAGCUCGUCCUUUAGCUAUGGCACAGGCACCGAACAUGGCAAUCGGGUUGGGGAACACACCCUAGGGACAAUGCACAACCAUCUCAUCAAUUAUAAAGUGGACUUGGAUGUUGGAGGAACAAAGAAUUCUCUGGUGGCUCAUGACAUGACAUUCGAUACCGUGCAGGCUCCUUGGAGUCCAGAGCACCAGAUACAGAGGCCACGGCUCACCAGGAAAGUCCUGGACACUGAGGACAAGGCCGUGUUCCCACUUCACUCCAAGAUUCCCAGAUACAUCCACUUCACCACCAACGUUGAAAAUAGGUGGGGCCACCAGCGUGGCUACAGGAUCCAGAUAGUCAGCUUUGCUGGGGACCAUCUGCCAGAAGCCAGUUCCAUGGAGCGGUCCAUCAGCUGGGGGAGGUACAAACUGGCCGUCACCAAACGGAAAGAGGAGGAGCCGACCAGCACCAGCAUCUACAACCAGAACGACCCCUGGACGCCCACCGUGGCCUUCGCUGACUUCAUAGACAAUGAGACCAUCGUAAAUGAGGACCUGGUUGCCUGGAUUUCUGUUGGCUUCCUGCACAUCCCACAUACUGAGGAUAUUCCUAACACAGUGACUGUGGGGAACGGAGUCGGCUUUUUCCUGAGACCCUACAACUAUUUCGAUGAAGACCCCUCUGUUCACUCACCUGACGGCAUCUAUUUCAGAAGUGACCAGGACCCCAGCAUGUGUGAAGUGAACCAUAUUGCCUGCCUGUCAAAGACCGCCUCGUGCUCACCAGCCCUCCCCCCGUUCACCUACAACGGCUUCCAGAACCAGACAGGUCCCUGAGCCACUGAUUGCAGGGCCUUGUAAGCGUGCUGGUGAUCGACUGUUCGUUGGGCCACGUGCUCAGGUGUCCAUUGAACGCAGCCGUCAGCCCUGGCUCACCGAUCCCUGUAGAUGGUUUAUACAGGGCCAUCCUUAGCCAUACGCAGCAUACGCGGCUGCCUAGGGCACCAUGGAAUUUGGGGCACCAAAUUGCCCCAAAUUUCAUGGUGCCUUCGGCAGCUGGGUGCUGCAUACGCGACAGCACUAGCCCUGGUGACCAGCCCUAUCCCUCGGCCGGACCCCCUGCAAGGGGCAGGGCCGUCCCUAGGCGGGUGUGGGGCCCCGACAACUCCCUCUGCCCUGCCUCUUACCCUUCCCCCUGCCCUGGGCACGCCCCCAUUCCACCUCUUCGCCCAGCGACCCCGCACUCACUGGCCCCAGCCCGCUCUACUCCACCAGCUCCUAGCCGCAGCGCUUCGCUUCCCGCCGCUGCUGGUGAGUGGGGGGAUCCCUUCCCCCAAGCCCCCUCCCCCAAGCGACACGGCUGGGGCCGAGACGAGGGAAGCGGACUGGGCUGCUCCCAGCCCCCUGCUAAUCCCCCGGACCACUCUGGGCCUGUGGGGCCCCCAAAAGUGGCCCCCCACAGCUCCUGCCUCCCAGGCUCUGGGGGGGGGAGGCCUGGGGCCCCACACAGUCCCCCCCACCCCCUGCGGGGUGGCUAUGUAGGGCACCCAAAUGGCUAGGAACGGCCCUGGGUUUAUAUUUAGCUGAACAGUCACACUGCUUACAAAAACUUCAGUGAAAGAGGGUGCUCUCUCUCUGAUCAAACAUCAUUGGUGUACUCUGGUGCUGGACUGAAAUCAAAAAAAUGCACAAGUCCUAGGCAAAGCACUGAGAUCAGACAAGGAGAAAUCUUGCACUACCCAGCGCUGAAUAGAUGAGACCCCUGCAGCAUGUCUUAUUUCGCCUCCCUUUUUUCCUGUGAUCCCCUGGUCACUAAGUACAUUUCGGGCUGGAUUUUCAAAGGAGCUCAGCUCCCAUUUAGGCACUUAAAUGGGCCAGUCAGAAGUUUUGUAGGUGGGAGCUGAAUUCCUUUGAGAAUUUGCCCCUUCAAGUGCAGUUCUGCAAAGUGAUUCUAGCUAGAUGGCAGCCUGGGAUUUCUCAACAUGCAGGUGACUGAAGCUGCUGCAAAUCCUGUAUAAUGCAGCCCACAGAAUUGUGCAGGGCGGCACGUGGCUGGUCUCAUCUCUAAGGCCACGGGGAUUGAGAUGGCGCAGUGCAUGCUGGAAUCUGUCAGCAAAACAAGUUGUACCUCUGUAUGAAAGAGGAGAGGUGGCUGCAGUCUGCUCCAUUGAAUGCCAAGUAGGUGCAUCGGUCAGGUUCCUGGCGUGUUGUCAGCAGGGCCCUCAAUUGGACAAAGUUUGAAAUACCUCAUGUUUAAUUAAAGUUUUCCCAGGUCCCUUUUGAUUCAGCAGAUACCUAGUGACCUGGUGCAGAGUUGCAGUUUAUCUAAGAGUGUAUAUAAGAAAAUUAGACACAGAAGCUCUGCACACUCACUAGACGUGACCUGACGUAGCUUCAAGUAAAACAUUCACUAGCAAGCGUCUGUCGUCUUCUCACAGGCCUACCAAGGAGCUCAGGGUGGAUGUGCAUUCAAGACCAAUUUUUAUUUCCUGUAACAUUUCUGUAUUGCCACAAGCUCUGAAUCCUCAUUGGCUUAGAUGUAUGUCAGUCAAAAUAUUACAGCUGUUAGUACAUUCACAUCUACACCUCUACCUCAAUAGAACGCUGUCCUCGGGAGCCAAAAAAUCUUACCGCGUUAUAGGUGAAACUGCAUUAUAUCGAACUUGCUUUGACCCACCGGAGUGCGCAGCCCCACCCCCCUGGGAGCACUGCUUUACCGUAUUAUAUCCGAAUUCGUGUUAUAUCGGGGUUGAGGUGUAGUCAAUAGUUACACAUAUGUCACGUUAUAAAACACAGGAAAAGAUGUGCUAUUAAUACUGAACCUAAUAAAAGGUAAGUGACAGCAGUG